AUGUGGGACAAGAGCAGCGGCGUGCAUUACGGCGUGAUCACGUGUGAGGGGUGCAAAGGAUUUUUUCGAAGGUCCCAGAGUUCGGUGGUCAACUACCAAUGCCCGAGGAAUAAGAAUUGUGUAGUCGAUAGGGUCAAUCGAAACAGAUGCCAGUACUGUCGUUUACAGAAAUGUCUACGAUUGGGUAUGAGUCGGGAUGGUAAAUAUCCCUACAGCAACAGUGAUGUGGGUGCCUAUACGCCAUACUACACAGGCCAGACGCAAGUCCAGCCUAACAGUAUAGGUUACGAUAUAUCCGCGGACUAUGUGGAUAGCACCACUGCCUAUGAUCCAAGGCCGGGCCUGGAUCCUCUGAAUGAUAACACCAGCCUAAUGACAAGUAUGGUCACUGCAGGCAAUACUAACACUAAUGGUGGAGGGACCGGUGGCGGGGGAGGUGGAGGCGGUGGAGGUGGCGGUGGUAAUAAACAAACGUUAACGAUAAGCGACAACCGCACUUUCAAACGAGUAACUCAAACUUCGAGUACCACCCUGUCAGGUGGUACAAUGGUGUCCGUGAAGCAAGAAGGGAACGUCGAAGCACUUGUACCCUCUUAUGUAGAUAGUACGACUUUCGUUAACUCGCCCAACGUACAACAGGGUAGUACGGCAAGACAGACGUUGGUGACGCAAGGUAUCCAGCAGAGAAGCGGCGAUGAUUGUGAGUCUGUUACUUUGCCCAGGAGUUUUGAGUUAGCAAUAAUCCGGAUGUCGAGAUAUUUGGAUCUCUCCCAAAAUUGUGUUUUAUACGGAGACACCAUGCUCCCACAAGAUGCCUUUUUCACUUCGGAUACUGCAGAAAUGAAGUUAGUGACGUGUGUAUUUGAAGUUGCAAAAAGCAUAGCGGAGUUGAAGUUGACGGAAACGGAGUUGGCACUCUACUCUGCUUGUGUUCUUCUGUCUCCAGAUCGACCAGGACUGAAAGGAGUAGGGGAGAUCGGACGACUAAGCCAAGCUGUCGUAAGAGCUCUCAGACUGGAACUUGAAAGGAAUCAUAGCCUACCCAUCAAAGGCGAUGUUACUGUCUGUGACGCGUUGUUAACAAAAAUUCCAACACUAAGGGAAAUAAGUAUGCUCCAUAUGGAUGCGUUAGGAAAACUAAAAAGAUCGGCGCCACAUUUGGAGUUCCCAGCGUUACACAAGGAGUUGUUCAGUGUUGACAGUUGA